AUGGGGCAUGACGACUGCUUCAGUCGAAGGGAGCACUCAGCAAGCAUCUGUAAAACCAGAAGUUAUGAUGCUGUAGGGCCUUUGAUCGCGAGAGUGGAGAAGGAGGACGAGGACGAGGAUAAGGACGGAUUUCCUCACGACAUGAUCAGAACCGGUCCAGCGUUAUUAGACGUUACUGCCGCUCCUACCAACUGUUCGGGAUCGUUGCCUACGCACGGCUGGUUCUGCCCGUCACCCUUUCUCGGACAAGUGCUCAGCGGACCUUGUGGAAUCGUACCACCCCUCACACCUCCAGAGGAUCUCGACUCUUUCAAAUGGGAGACUCCUUCACAGACAGACUCUAGCGAAGGCGUUCAGACUGCAUCAAACGUCGGAGGUGGUUCAGCGAACCAGAGACAAAACCAGCCUCGCACCAGUUCGACCUCCCGUCCGUCAGAGAUCAGAAUGCCAGAACCAUCAAACAUGGCGCGGGAUGAAUCGAGCAGGACGAACUGGCUGGAACGAGCCUGCCAGCAUCUUGUUUCUUCGUCCGGAGACCCAACCAGUCAACAACAGCUUCAAAUGGUUGUUCAGGCUCUCCCUUGUCAGCCAAGGUCGCACGACACGAGGCCAAUCUACGACAGAGUGGUCGAAGACGUCCAAAACCACUUCACAUCCCCGCCCUACAUCACGAUUACACACGCAUACUUUCAAGCAAUCAGCAUGGACGAAGUUCCAGCCUCACCUCCAGCGACACCGAACACCAACUAUCCGAGUGACGACUACUUCCAGGACCACACCGUGUUUACACAUGCGGCUGUCGUCCCGGCCUACCACUCUCACACAACCACUUUCAGUGCCGCCGCCCCUCGCCCAUCGAACAUCGUCGCGGCUCCCAGCAGCAUCCAGAUCUCGAUCCUCGAGCGGUACAUUCCGCCUACAACUCCCCGAGAAGUGGAGGACUUUUUCACAUUGAGCAGGCGGUCGUAUUUAGCAGACCGACUGCUCGAAUUGUCCUCGAACGAUGGUUCGUUACUCCUGAUCUAUCCUACCAAGAAGGGCGGGCAAACGUUUGCAAAUCGAUACAUCGGACCCGUCAUCGAACCUUUUCUACGGCAAUUUAUCCUAUUGAACAACCUCUACACCGACAUUGCGAUCCAGCUAGGCCGAAUGGCAGCGGUCGCCAGUAUGAAGAGCUUCGAGGAGAUGCAGGCCCUCUUAUCGACCAUGUGCGAGGCUCUGAGUCAGAGGGCACCAUCACGAGGACUGCCCAGUCGAUACCAAAUUAUUCACGCCGAAACCGCGGAGGUGGUCCUGGACCGCGCCCUGUGGAAAGAGUGGUACAUUGAACAAGAACAACCCCGGCUACGACAGAACUUGGUGGAUUAUCACAAGAGCGGUGGUCGGAUGCCAGCGAGAAGUGGCCGGAUUGAAGUGACGCCUGGCAUGCUCGCAAGAGAAGUGGUUGAUGGGAUCCGCCAGAGUCGGGAGACAGCAGGAGAUGUCGGUGUGGAGGUUGCUGUGUUUGUCGUUCGACGCACGACUGUCGUGUAA